GCCAGGGGGCACGCAUCCUGUCGGGGUUAUUACACUGUCACUACACCUCCGUGCAGAGGCGUGUCCUGUCUGCUUAUAACGGCGUCCAGACGCGUUGAAAGGUCCGUGUGUGUGUGUGUGUGUGUCUGGCGUCGACAUUACAUCCAGCUCAGCUGUAGAAGGUCCUACUCCCUCUGAAAAUGGCCCAGACACUUCUCGACUCCAUGCCCGGAGCCACGACCGGAACCGUGGUCGUCACGGAUGAUCUGAAUUUCUGGGCUGGGAAGCGAGUCAAACCCAGGCAGCAGAAAAACGUAGAGCCCGUGUAUGAGCCUGCGACUGGCCGUGUCUUGUGUCAGAUGGUGCCCUGCGGGCCUGAGGAGGUGGACGAGGCCAUGAAGAGCGCCCACGCUGCCUACCUAAAGUGGAGCAAGAUGGCAGGCAUGGAGAGGGCUCGGGUGAUGCUAGAGGCCGCCCGGAUUAUCAGGGAAAGAAGGGAGAAGAUUGCAAAGCUGGAAGUGAUCAACAACGGCAAGUCCAUCACUGAAGCACUGGUGGAUAUUGAUAUUGCCUGGCAGUGCAUUGAGUACUAUGCUGGCCUGGCUGGUACGCUUGCAGGCCAGCAUAUCCAGCUUCCUGGUGGAGCAUUUGCUUACACCAGGAGAGAGUCCCUUGGUGUGUGCGUGGGAAUCGGCGCAUGGAAUUACCCCUUCCAGAUCGCAUCGUGGAAGUCUGCUCCUGCUCUGGCAUGUGGUAACGCCAUGGUAUUUAAGCCCUCUCCAAUGACUCCUGUGACCGCUGUCAUUCUGGCGGAGAUUUACAAAGAGGCGGGGGUACCCGAUGGGCUCUUCUGUGUGGUACAAGGCGGAGCAGAGACUGGCUCCUUGCUCUGCCAUCACCCGACGGUUGCCAAAGUCUCCUUCACCGGCAGUGUGCCAACAGGCAAAAAGGUCAUGGAAAUGUCUGCAAAGGGGGUGAAGCAGGUGACUCUGGAGCUUGGAGGGAAAUCUCCCCUCCUUAUCUUCAAAGACUGCGAGCUGGAGAAUGCAGUGAAGGGAGCACUCAUGGCAAACUUCCUGACACAGGGACAGGUUUGCUGCAAUGGGACCAGAGUGUUUGUGCAAAGAGAGAUCAUGCCCCGGUUCCUGGAAGAAGUGGUGAAGAGGACUAAGGCCAUCCCUGUGGGUGACCCCCUGCUGGACGGCACCCGAAUGGGAGCGCUGAUCAGCAAGCCCCAGCUGGAGAAAGUGCUGGGAUAUGUCAAUCAGGCCAAGAAAGAGGGAGCCAAAGUGCUUUGUGGUGGAGAGCCUUUUGUCCCCAGUGACCCCAAAUUGAAAGGGGGCUACUUCAUGUCACCCUGUGUACUUGAUAACUGCAGAGAUGACAUGACCUGUGUAAAGGAGGAGAUCUUUGGCCCAGUCAUGUCUGUGCUGCCUUUCGACACAGAGGAAGAAGCGAUCCAGAGGGCCAACAACACCACCUUUGGACUGGCCUCUGGAGUCUUCACCAGGGAUAUUUCUCGAGCCCAUCGUGUGGCUGCGAACCUGGAGGCAGGGACCUGCUUCAUCAACAACUACAACAUCAGCCCUGUGGAAUUGCCAUUUGGAGGAUACAAGAAUUCAGGCUUUGGCAGAGAGAACGGCCAGGUGACAAUCGAGUACUACUCCCAGCUGAAGACUGUGGUUGUGGAAAUGGGCGACGUCGAGAGCCUCUUCUAAACUCCUCUCGCCAAGUUUACACUGCUGUGCCAGAACUGUGAAGCAAACGUUUUACCUUUACAGUCAGGAACGUACUCACCAGACAUGAGUACAUGUAGCACUCUCUUCUUAUACACUAUGUUUGCUUUACACCUGUGUUCUUGGAGAGGCAUGUCUGUAUGAAAUGCACUUGGAAGAACUGAAGAAAGAACUCUUACCACACAAUUCUUAAUUCUCUACUUUCUUCACCCAACAAGUGAAUGUACUUGUGGAUAAACCAAGCAAAUUAAUACAAACCCUGAUGUCAAACUAACUGCACAGUGGUGUGUGUAUGUGGAAGUACAACCAAGAGCCUUAAGUAGAAAUUCUGUGUGUAGUGAACUGUGAAUCAGCAUUAGAAGAAAAUAACUGCCUAACACAGUUGGUGUCAGAUUUUUAUUCUGUAUGCUUACCUGAAACACUAAACACUUGGACAACUAUCAAAAUAAAAUGUUUUGGAUACAAAGUC